AUGAGAUUGGCCAGCAGUAGUAGUAGUAGCAGUACUACUACUACUGCGUCCACCUCAUACGACUUGACGAAUGCUGGAAACUCGGUUCUGUUGGAGGUGAACGGGACGGACAAGCCGGCCAAUGCGCGCUUAGCCCUCAUUCUCGAUGCUGACACAAAUGUGAAAUGGACGGUUCGGCUCGUCGGCAGAAGCGUCGAUUCUAACUCGCAAGAAAGCACAAUAAUUGUGACCGGUAAUUCCGUGCUGGAUCUGUCUGAAUUGAAAGCAAGCGUUACCAACCGUCCGAAGGAGGGCCGGAAUGCUCUGCUGCGUUUCAUCGAACGCCGCUUCAAAGCUCUCCACUCGUUCAGUCAAGUGGAUGCUGGUGGUAGUCAACUACGACUUCGUUUGACUCUGGCCGCCGGAUCUGACGCCUCCCUGUGCGACUACGAGACAACCAAUACAAGUCCCGUCUUGCAAGCAAGUCGAAUGGAGCCACAAUCGGUGGAAGGCUGUUUCCAUACGGAACAAGCGGGCAGCUAUCCAAAGGACGUUCACGUGAUUGAUUUGGAUAACGGCCAAGCAGAAGAGGCUAAGAAUAAAAACAAGAGCAGCGUGCACAUUCACUUAGCGGCUAGUGGAUGGGCGGACGAGGAGAUGACUCAGCCACGCAACGUGGCACUCGUUCUCAAAUCGGUUCAACCUGUCCGUUGGACCAUCUCGUCCGCUCCCGUCUUGUCCGGUUCGCUCCUAAUCCUGGCAGAACACCAGGUGGAUGUUGGCGGCCUUUCCGCCCGGCAACUGGCUGACGUGCGCAGCAAUCAAAAUCUACCCGAAGAUUUCGCCCUUUUAAUCGUGAAAGUGACGGCCGAUCUCGGACCGCCCGUCUCCUAUGUCAAAGCGCCGCUGGCCGCCAAUAGCAUCGAAAUUGUUAUUGGCAGAAAACAGCAGCAGCAACUCCGCCUUCCAUCGUCGAAUGUGGCCAAACAACAAGUCGAGAACCUAAACGGAGCAGCUAGCCACAGUUCGCCAUCUACGGAGAUGGCCUUACGUAGUUUGGGUCGCAGUGGCAGUGUAGGCUACAGCCAACAGAACACGCCCAAUCGAGGUACCGGAACGCAGCGGAGUGUGGCCUGGACAUUGCAACAGUCUGUACGGAUCCAAUGCGGAUCGAAUUAUUUGACAGCCGCCCUGCCCAGGAACAUGGCUGAAGCGUUGGGCGUUAACGGACUCUUUCUUAACGACCGUGGCUGCUCAGGGAAACGUAAUGCGACCCAUUGGAUGGUCAGGACCCACGUCACGUCCUGUGGCAGCACGUCACGCAUCGAUGGAAAACUGACCACCUACUCGAAUGCGGUUCAUAUCCAAUUGCGGGCUGUCCAGCCACAACAGAACGACGAUGAAGAUUUCGAAGGCUCUGGAGUGGAUGGAUAUCCAUCAUCUGCUGCCCGUCAGGUGACCAUUCCAAUCCAGUGUCAUUCAGAGCCCAAUUUCCCUGUUGGAUUCGGUGACAAGUUGGAUGACGACAACGUCAUGGAUACCGAUGUGGAUUUGCCAGUGGGCCAGACGGACCUUUACCAUAUGGAGAUCCAUCGCAACAAGGAGUGGACUGUUCCGGUUGUCACUGGACCUAUGAAUGAGGCCAGCAAAGCCGAAGUGGUCUUUGAUGAAACCCUGCACGUCCGUACAUGGAUCGACGGAGUGUCUUACAUUCAAAUCGUGACGGAGAAAUGCUGGGUGUCCAACAGCUCCGACAGUGAACAACCACCUCGGUUGAUUCUCAUCCGUAAUACUUGCCCAGCCGAUUUGUCUGUCCAAAUGCGUCAAAUUGAACGAGGUGACACGGAUGGAGGUUUCAGUUUCCACGUUUCCAAGGAUUACGCUGAUUUAGGACAGCUUUACAUUCACUGCAAAUUGGGCCUUUGCUCGAACCAACCCAGCAAAGUGCAGGGCAACCUGAAAAUGUGUAUCGAUCCAUCCCAAUACUGUAGCGGACGCCAUGUAUUAAAACCUUUUCUGGACGAAUCAGUAUCAACAGCGCAGCAAAUCCUGGUCCGCGGACCUCUUCGUAUGGUCGCCAAAGCCACUUUUGCGCAGCAGAACAAAAUCGGUGCGUCUGGAGACGUAACAACAUCGCCCGGUUCGCUCGUCACGUCUGGUCAGAACAACGGAGUGGCCGGCACGCAGCAAGUGAUUCUCGUGGGCGUUUCAACUGAAGUAACGGUGGGCAUCGCCCUGGCCUCGUUUGUCAUCGGAGUCGGAUUGACUGCCAUUCUGUGGUGCAUCCACAUGAGAACAGAUCCGUAUCGGCGAGUUAUGAACCGGAAGACUCGGUCGAGUCGAAGUAACAACCGUUGCCAGGCGAUCGGAGCCAAGUGUUCGCCCAUGAUUCGGCCCCGCUCUGGCGUGGACCAUCAUCGUACGUCGUUGCAACAGGUUCCAAUUGGAACCCAGCAGCAACAGCAACAGCUGAUUGCUGCCCAACCAGCCAGUGACUCGAUGGACAAGCAACCGCAGCAAUUGCAGCAUCAAUUCACGUACGAUUAUGACGUUUCAUCGUCGCAGUCGAACAGUAGUGGGAGUCAGUGUAGUCGUGAGGAUUCGUCCCCUACACCCAAUUCGCAGACGCCCAUGAAUGUGACAUCUGCUCGUUGAGUUGGUGUAGGAGGGAACCGUAAGGCUUGGCGUCGAAAUCGCUAUGCAAAAAGAGUCUCCCUCUUAUCCUGAGAUAAAUCCGUAGCCGGAAUUUUAUUUUUAUUUUUUUUUUAUUCCGCUUAGUGGAUUACUCUCUGCCACAUACAACACACGCACCGUUCUCAGGGCUUUUUCCUCCAUCCUUUAUGCCGCCGUAUUUUUUUUUUCCCCUUUUUUUUCUUCUUAUCUUUACAUACCUCCUCCGACGAUCCCUCGUUCCCCACUUUUCAAACAAAUAAUCAUUAAUUAUAUAUUCAAAUAUUUUUUCAUGUCGUAUUUGCGUGCGCGCCCUCCGAUCCCAUUCUACCUCCGAUUGCACUCCAUCGUCGACUGGUGUACAAAACAAACAGAAAUUCACACAACACCUUAAUCUCUCUUUCUCUCUCUCUCUUUAUCUAUACUCUCUGAAAGAACUCCUCGCUCACCACCUCAAACCGUUUAUUAUUUACUAGUUUCCUUAUUGCUGUAUUAUCAUUGCCUUUUUUGAAUAAGGGGGGUCUAUUUUUGUUUUGUUUUAUUUUUUAAUUCAGUAGCAGUUGUAGUUUUUGUUAUCACAGUUCGUAACUACCUCUCUGUCCCACUAUGGUCCCGCGCAUCAAGACUCGUGACCUUCCAUCAUUCCGGUCGGGAUUUUUUUCUCCUUUAUUACUCGACCGUUUCGGCCUAAAACAAAACAACAACAAAAAAACAAACAAACAAAUAAUUCAAAAAAAAAAAAAAAAGCCUCGCGCUGGAACACUCGUCUCAGGAAGAACGUGAUCCCGUUCACAAUGUACAAAGUGAUUCGGGUUCAAGCUCUAAUUGCCCCCCCUCCCUUUUUUUUCCUCGCUGUUCAGUUCAUUGCUGAAUAAUCUUUUUCAUCAUUUCUUAAUUAUUAUUCAAUCGCUCAGUAUAUAACAACCGCGCUGUCGUGGGUCUCCGAAAUGAGUCGCUUAUAGCAGAAGAGAAACGAUGAUCUUUAAUCCUUUUUUUCAUCCAAUUAUUGUUGAUCUCUUCUCGUUAAAGUGGCACAUCGAUCAAAUCUAGAUUUAACCCAGUCUUUUUCUUUUUUUCAUAUCACAAUUACCUACUCAUUUCCCAUUUUGCCCCACCAAGUUUUUUUUUUUUUUUUUAUUUUUUGCCCGUCAAUCACUGGUUCGCUUCUACUACCCUUCCGAUAUGACAACAUUAUUUUUCGCCGUAUUUUUGAUCGUUAUUGAAUGAUUUCGUUUGCUUUCCUCUUUCAAAGAGAAAUAGCGAUUCGUCUUUGGCUUGUGGAUGGGGAUAAUUGUCGACGUUUACCUGUUCUUUCUUUUGCGUGGAUGCCAUUUUUCAUUGAGACGGGUUUUGAAUCAGUACAAAAACAAGCAAACAACAGAAUAUUUCAAUAGCAAACAGCAAAUUCACUUGACAUAAAGGAAAUGCCCAUUUUCCUUUUCGUUUACUUCUGUUUGUUUGUUUGAUUUUUUACAUUUGCAGCUUUUUUUUCUCUUUCUUCGUCGCUUUGGCUUGUGAGAGAUCGAGUGUGAAACGAAUUUUGAUUAGAAACGCUCGGGUAUGAAUGAGAAAAUAAUUUUGUUUUGUUUCGAUUGUUCGAUGAGUUUGCUGACGAUGCCAACAUUUGCUCGUGUAAACAGGGUAGAAGAACUCAUAUUGGUGUGCGUGUGUGUCUCGCGAUUCUCUUUUAGAAUUGGAUAGUGGAAAUCCCCUCGCUGAUUGACUAAAUCAAAGAGAGAGUCUACAUUUUUAAAAAAAUUCCGACCAGGCUGUAAAUUAUAUCCGCUAUCCCUCCCUCCACUCCAUUCAGUAGUUGAUUUCUUUCGUCCUCAUUCGAUCGAGAAAGAAAAAGAAAAAGAAACACAACAAACAAAAUCUUUUUGAGGGUCUCUUCAUUUAACAGAUGACGAUAUCGAUCACAGUUUCUUUUCCUCGUCUCUAAAAAAAACGCAGCAUUUCUUUUUUUCUUUUCUCCGUGUUUUUUUCUCGUCCAAACAUUUUCCACGUGGACACUUAAAUAUCCUUACGAUAGUUGGUCUUCUUCCCCGUUUUGGAGAGCUUCUCCCCGUUUCGAUGAACCGUAAAAAUCAAACAUUGCGCUACGAAUCAAUUUUUGACAUCCAACAAAAAGUACAACCCAAGGAUGCAUAUUUAUAUAUAUAUUUAUAUUUUGCAAAUAAUAAAAAAAAAAAAUGGCAGCCUUUUUCUCAAAGGAAACAAAAAUAAAAAAUAAAAAAUAAAAUGUACUGCCGUCCAGGCCUCUGUCCGGCUCAACUAGAAACUGUCUCGGGCCUAUUUUAUACACGGAAAAGAAAAUAUAUAUAUAUACACAUCCUGCUACUUCUAGAAAGUACCUUUUUUUUUAAAUAAGGAAAAGAAAAAGAAAAAACUGCUUUUGUUUUUCUCUCUCUGCAAUCUCCCCCCUCAGCUCCGCUUGCCUCUUAAUUCUGUGCUGUAAGUAAAGUACAUAGACACAUCCAUCAAUAGAUUAGACUCUUGCGUGUACCGUGUCACAAAACAAGACUACCACCCACCCACUCUCGCUCUCUCUGUUUUCGCUAGAUCGUUUUCGUUUUUUUUAUAUAUUUUCGGUUACCGAGUGAGCCUCACCCCCCGUCUUCUACGUCUCCAUCUUUACGAGGAAUUCUUUAUUCUGUCUCCAUUUUUUAAAUUUUUUUUUGCGAUUCUUUUCACUCGGAGAAAUAAUUUCUUUUUCUUUAAUUCGAAAUCCUUCAUUUAACGUGAGUCCCGAAGGAAAUAAACGAUAAAAAGUUGGAGAGGAACAUGAAAUGUCUCUUCAGUGACGCUGACUUUCGACGUCAAUGAUGAUGACCCUAGAGACGUUUUUCUUGGCUAGGACGACGUAUGUCGAGAAAGACUUUUCAAUCCCGUUUACUUUUUCCUACGUUUCGUUAUCUUUCUUUGCCGAGCAUCCCUCCAAUUUUUCAGUCGCCUUCUCUUUCAAAUAUUAGAUUUUUUUUUUUUUGUUCCUGUUCUUUAGUAUUGUUUUGUUUUUUACUUCUCUCUUUUCUACCUCUUUCAAAUAUCUACCCAAGUGGAUGCAGCGGACAGGGCCAUCAGCCCGCCCCAGGAGUUUUCGCUUUUUUUUUUCUCCAUUUUUGUUGGUUGAUCUAAACAAAAAAAAAUAUGGGAAUGAAACUACGUCUACCUCAAUAUCGUCGCAUUCAUCCUAUUUAUCGAAAAAAAAAAAAGAAACAUUCAAUUUCAUCUUUUCCUUUUUUUCUUUUCUUUCGUUAGCCAAAAGUUAUUUGUUUGUUUUGUUUUUUUUUCACAGAGAAGAAAUAAGAAUUAAAGUUUAGUGUUUUUUUUUAAUUAUUAUUAAAAAGAACAAGCUGUUUCUUCGUCGUAGGGAGUCCCCCUUCUUUUCCCCCGAAGCUUCCAGUGGUGGGCAAAAGUAAUUCUGUUUUUAUUUUCUUCUUCUUCUUCUUCCUCUUCCAUAUUCAUUUAUCCAACUUUUCUCUCUUCAUUUGAAUAAGCAGGAAAAACAAAAGAAGAAACCUAACCCAUAUGCUUAAGUACCUCGAACAUUUUUUAUUUUUCGGUCUAUAUAUUCCCCCCCGUUGGGCAUAAAUUAAUAAAUACGCGUAGUACAAUAAGAUUUCGUGCUUUCUGUCCGUUUAGUUUUUGUUUUGUUUUUUUUUCUUCUGCGUGAAAAGAAAUGAUUAUUACCUCGUAAAAAGAAAUGUUGUCGUAUAUUCGCAGUAGAAAUAGAUUCAAUUAGUUUUUAGAUGAUUUAUCGUUUAAAAAGAAAACGUCGAUUCUACUAGAAUAACCUCGUCUAUGGGGGAUAACAAAAAUCUGUUUGUCCCGAUUAUUUAUUGUUUUCUUGAACCUGUCACAAUUUCUCACCUUUGAGCGCAAUUUGUGCAUUUAUCGUUCCCAUUAUUUCGAAUUAGAAAAACAAGAGAACCUACAAAAGGGUUUUUUUUUUACAUCAAAUUAUUAUUAAUGUAAUGCAGGUCGUCGUACACCUUACAGACACAUCUACCUACCCUCAUCCUAUUUUGCUACUAAUUGAUUGCAACGCAUCACAUACGGGUUCUUUUUUACAAUAGAGUAAUAGCAAUCAAGACAUGUAAUGUUUGUAAAUCGUCAACGCGAAUGAAAAUUGUUGGAUGAAAAAUUUGUUUUCCCCGCGUAUUAUCGUUUCGUGCUUUUUUCCCCCGUUUCAAACAAUCGCGGUUUGAAUCAACGUAUUAACUCCCAUCUGUCCCUCGAUUCAGUUCCGUCGAAAAACAAAAUUUCCGACAAAUAGUUUGGAUCCGCUUUUUUUUCCUCUAGAGUUAUAUACCUCUGCUCAUUUCCAUAUAUUCAAUUCGAAAAAUAAAUUUAAAUAAAGAAAAAAGAGCACCACCUCCGCCAUAAGAAUUUAUCUGACCUGACACUCUAUCCUUCCAUCGAGCGCGCGCGCAUCCCAUCACUAAAGCAUUACCCCUCGUGUUGUGCAGUGUCUUUUUGCCCCUCCAAUAAGUGGUCCGUGUUGUAUUUCUUUCUUAUGUGGUCCUCGAUUUGUAUCCUCCUUUCAUUCAUUAUUCAUCUUUCGAGAAACCUAUCCGGAUAUAAGAAAACCAGUAUGCUCCAACUUUGUUUAAUGUUGUAUGUCUUUUUUUUUUUUUUCCACUUUCUCCGCAACCUGAUUACAAUUUUCGAGAAAAACAUUAUUUUUUGCUUAGAUAUCGUAGAGGCCCUGUCUGCAAAUCCCAAUCUGUACGUGUAAUAACCCAAAAUCAACCUCUUAUUACAAACAAAACACACAAAAAAAAAGAACAAAGAGGGAGAUGACUUGUACAAUUUGCAGUCGUUUAAGCCUAUAUACAUCAUGCAGUACAAAUAAAAAUACACUAUAUCUUUGUAUUCGGAA